AAGUAGUAGACCAGCUUUGCUAAUAGAGUACGAGAACAUAACGACGUCAGCUCAUGGUUUCGCGUGCGCAUCACCACACAACAUCGACGUCACUCCACAGCAUACUCGGCUCGACUUCAAGAAGAUUGCGGAGGAUUUGCACGCAAUUUCUUCCAGGCAACAGUCCCGCGAAUAGAUGUAGCUAGACCACAUCAGAUGCCGGUGUGCCUAGAAAGGCGGCUUGAUAGUCUUCAGGGGCCAGCGCCGGUUAGGCGUGCCGCAUCAUGCGCUGUCAGUUAAGCGAUCAGCCUCCAAAUCUCCCCAAUAAGUAGACUAGAUAUCCCAUACUCGACGAACCUUUUCUUCAUCGCCAAGCAUCACUCGUUACUGCCUGUCGUUCAUUGCCAAUCUUUUUAAAGACUCUAAUCUAAUACUUGUCACUAUACCCCAUAUUGCUCGUCUCAAUCAACACAGCAAGAUGUCAAAGAUCCUCUCUGUGGCGCUUUUCGCCUCCUACGCUGCGGCCCAAACGACCGCUCAGGUCUGGAUGCCCGGUACGGAAGAUAUGGGUGUGUCAUACGAGGCCUCUGUUGUCAGCGUCGACAACGACCGCACUAUCCUGUCUGUGGAUGUGCAGGGUAUCACCCUAGACGACUCGAUGGCCGAUGUCCCUGCGACCAUCACUGUCGGAGGCAACACCUACUAUGGAUAUGAGGCCGCCAAUUCUGACUACGGCGUCGAGGUGACAAUCUCCGGCGCAUGCUCGCGCCAGAACACCGACGAAGCGGAGGCAACUUGCACUCAAACCACUAUUGGCCUCGAAGCCGAAAUGAGCUCCCUAUGCGCGGACCCAGAAUAUGCUACCGAUAUCUGCCCGGACGGAAUGGAUGCCGCUCUCUCUUUCACCGCAGUGCUUCCCGAAGGCUACUUCAAUAUGUUCCCCGUCGUCAUCACCGAGGGCGGUGACUCUCUUCCCAGUGCUACAGCAGCUGCAUCAGUAUCGGCCAGCAGCGCUUCCGUAACAGCGUCCCGUUCCACUGUCACAUCCGCAGCUUCUGGAUCUGCCACUGCUACCGGCUCCGACUCCGACGCAGCGGCCAGCUCUGGCUCGGAAUCUGCUGCGAGCUCUGGAGCUUCCGCCACCUCCAGCGGUCCUGAGGAAGUAGCCACUGGUGCUGCCUACAUGGUCCAAGUCCCAGCUCUGGCCGGUCUUGGUGCUGCUGUUGCCGCUUUCUUCUUGUAAAAUUCUAGUAGCGAGAUAGUCGCUUUAUUUGCGCUUUUCGAACGAGUUUUGGCUUAGCGAAUACCCUUUAUGCAUCUACGCAUGAUCACUCAAUACCUACGCUUAUAAUAUCAUCUUGAUUCGUUCACUUUCCGUAUUACUAUUAUACAGAUACUAUCUGGAACAUUGCCUCCGAUUAUUUCUGCAAGCAUACCAUCCUCUCUCCUUUCUUACCAAAGCAGCUCUUUCCUUCAUCAUCCGUCAUCACUCUACCACAGUAUACAUGUCCUUCACAGUCUUUCCUUUUGCACCGCCACCUUGUCACGUCCC